UACUGUACUCACAUCGGCGGUUACAUUGUAGUGACAGUACUAUAAAUAGAUGAAUGUGGCGACACAUUUAUAUAAGGUCAACGGUAAUUGUAAAAAUGACAUUAACUUGCUGUAGCUAGCUCGACAACGCUUGCUUCUUCGUGAGCGCGCUGCUCGUACCCCCUCACCCCGUGAACGCGCAAUAGCAUCCUCGGUGACCAUCCUCUCCAUCCUUUUUCCCGGGAUAAACACACCGAAACAAGAUGAACCAGAUGCUUGCAACUUGCUGGACUUUCCUCCUCCUCUCUGCCUUCCUGUGCGAGCCGGCACUGUGCAAAGGUGGCCGCGGAGGGUCUAGGGGCUCGUCCCGAGGCUCCCCCGCCCGUAGCUCCACGGCGGGCAACUACCGCGGGGCAGGCGGCUACGGUGGCCCGCGCUCUCGCUAUCGGGCGGCGGGCCGGUCGUCCCCUGUGAGGGUGGCGAGCGCUGCUGCUGCAGGAGCCGCCGUGGCCCUGACGGCGGACAAAUGGUACGCGUCCGCCUACCGCCGUAAUAACGCAGAGAGCUCAGAGGACGUGCUGGAUUAUUACAACAGGACGGGUUACUUUGAUGCCCAAAUGUCUGGUACCACGCGGGGAGCCUCCUUCUGCCAAAUGCUCUCCAUCACCGUGGCAACGCUCUCCUCCAAAUAUGCACUACUGCUCGAUGCCACACUUUAGAUUUGUGGACAAACACCUGACUAAUGCAGGACACGCUGCUGGAAAGACUUGUGGGAGUUUGAAGACAUGGUAACCACACACAAAAAAAAAACACUGACUGCUUACUUACACUUGAACGCACCACUAAUGUAAGCGUCACACCAGCGUGUGUGUAUCUAAAGAUGCA